GAAGGCACUGUCGUGGUGCACGGCGUUUAUCCCCCAACCAGCAACAGCACAGAAAUCUCUUCGGAAUUUCUUUUGGAAAUUUUGCAAACUUUUACAGAAGAGAGAGUUGUGCAAAAACAAAAAAUCCAAGAAUGCGACAGCCGGCUGGAGUCUGCUGCUGCUGCUGCUGCUGCUGGUGGCGGUUACUGCCUGCAGCAGCGGCUGCAGCGGCAGCAGCAGAGUUCGAUGGCGUUUGCUGCUGCUUCUGUUGCUGCUGCUGCUGCGUUCUGGACGCCGCAGCUUGCUGCUGCUGCUGCUGCUGUCCAGGGCCUCCCCACUUGGGGGGCCCCCUUCGAAGUUGCUGUUGCUUUGGAGGCCCCCCAAGAAGUGUACAAGGGGGCCCUUGAGGUGUACGUGCCGCUGCUGCUGCUGCCUGCUGCUGUGGGGCCCCACACUCGCUACAACCCCUACUUGGGGGUGUUUUUGACAGCAGCAGCAGCAAAACUCCCAGCAGCAGCAGCAGCAAGCGGCAGCAAGAUCACUCUCUACCCAGUCAGCCUUCAGAAGGGCGAGCGCUUGCUGCUGUCGCUCGCGCUGCAGCCCUUUGCUGCUGCUGCUGCUGCUGCUGCUGCUGCCUGGCCCAUGCCCCAGGCCCUUGCUGCUCCUGCUGCAGCAGCAAAUGAAUUCAGCAUCAAACUCCUCAAUCUACAGAGAAAGCCCGUGGCCAUUAUUAACAGAAUUAAGGCCCCCAUCUUCACUCCGGGGGCUGUUGCUGCUCUUGUGGGGCCCCACAUGCAGACGGUCCGCGCCCCUGCUGCUGCUGCUGCUGCUGCUGCUGCUGCUGCAGCAGCACCAGCAGCAGCUGCUGACGAACAAGUGCUGCUCGUCUUCCGGCUGCUCCUCGGGCCCCAACAGAAUGACCAGGGGCUCGAGGGGUCUUUGGAAAUUCAUGUGGCUCCUAUUUCUAAAGAAAGCGACACAGGUGGAAGCAGCAGCAGCAGCGGCAGCAGCAGCAGCAGCGGCAGCAGCAGCAGCAGCGAGGGUGGCAGCAGCAGCAGCGGGGGUGGCCAAGACAGCGAAGAUAGCGGCAGCAGCAGCGAAGACGCAGGCAGCAGCGAAAACAGCAGCAGCGAAGGCAGCGGCGAAAGCAGCAGCAGCAGCACCGAAGACAAGGACAGCAGCAGCAGCAGCAGCGAAGGCAAGGACGGCAGCAGCAGCAGCAGCACCGGCGAGCCGGAGAGCAGCAGGAGCAGCAGCAGCAGCAGCAGCAGCUGCAACGGCUGGGCCUCAACAACUCGAGGGUUUGUUUGGUCUUUAGAAUGUCCCCAAGGAACAAAGACAUAUGUAUUUAAGUUGCUGCCGCCAGCGAGCGCGGGUGCUGCUGCUGCUGCUGCUGCUGCUGCUGCUGCUGCUGCCAGCUGGGUGUCCCUGGGGCUGGUGCUUCCAGCAGCAGCAGCAGCAGCAGCUUCGCACUACUCCGUCUCCGUGCUGGACUCCUCAGGAACAACUUUGUAUUCUGUUGCUGCUGCUGCUCCCAGCAGCAAACGGGACUUGUGUCUGCUGCGGGCCUCGCAGCGGCUGCUGCAGCCUGCUGGCAGCAGCUACUCAGCUAAGCUGCUGCUGCUGUUCCAAACUGUCAGCUGCAGCAAUCCAGCCACUCCCUUGAGGGCCCUUCCAGAUGAAGUCGAACCCCUUUCUUUCCAAGCAGCAGCAGCAGCAGAAGGGGCCCCCCUGGACCUCAUCAGCUCCGCCACAGUCCGCAGGUGCUGCAGCAGCAGCAGCAGCAGCGGCAGCAGUAGCAACAGCAACAGCAGCAGCAGUAGCAGCAGCAGCAGCAGCAGCAGCAGCUUUUCUUUUUGUCUGUUUGCCUUCUCAGAGAGGAACCCUCUUGCUGCAGCAGCAGCAACAGCAGCAGCAGCAGCAGCUGCUGCUCCCCUCGUGCGCAUUGUUGUGGACAUUAUAGUUGACGAAGACCUGGGGGCUGAGGCCCUCCAUAUGUCGGUUUCCUGCGACGAAGUCCCACCCCACCUGUCGGUUGUGCUGCUGCUCACGCUGCCAGACAAGGCGGAGGAAUUUGCUGCUGCAAUAUCUCCUGCUGCUGCUGCUGCUGCUGCUGCUGCUGCUGGCUCUGCAGGAGCUUCCGCCGCUGCUGCUGCUGCUGCUGGUGGCUCCGCAGAAGCUUCCGCCGCUGCUGCUGCUGCCGCUGCUGCAGCCGCAGGGACGCGGUCUUCCUCGUCCUCCCCGCCUGCUGCUGCUGCCGCUGCAGCCGCUGCUGCUAACCCUGCUGCUGCUGCUGCUGCUGCUGCUGCUGCUGCUGCUGCUGCUGAGCCGCUGCCGCGGAGCGCGCGCCCCGUGUACCUGCACAUAGUGUCUUACAAGGAGCUGUCUUACAAGCCGCAGGAAGACCCGCUUGCUGCUGUUGCUGCGAGCCCGCGGAGCGACAGUUUGCUGCUGCUGCAGCAGGCGCUGCGGGAAGCAGCACUGGAUGCUGCUGCUGCUGAGCCUGUCUUCCUUUCCUUUUCUGCUGCUGCUCCUCUCGAAGGCCAAUACGAAGGCGAUGCUUUGAUUGAGAAGCUGCAGGAGCUGCUGCUGUACGUACACCUCGAGCUCGCCAACAGCCUCGUCUCUGUCGAAGUCUGCAGACACAACCCGCCCCCAGACGGCUACUCCUUCGAGCAGCAGCAAGGCAGCAGCAGCAGCAGCAGCAGCAGCAGCAGCAGCAGCAGCAGCAGCAGCAGCACGAAGAGGACCCUUCAGAUCCUCUACAACGGUCAGCCGCUGGAGGAGCUGAUAGAAUACGACAUCCCGGAAAAGGAAGUGGAAGUUUACACUGCAGCAAAACUCGACUGGCAGUUCCAAAUGGCUUGCCACGGCACAUUCGACCCCGCCAACUGA